AAAUUUUGAAAAUGCACAAGAAAUCUCCCCUAGGAGGUAUAGAUGAAGAAUCUAGCUGGGAAGACAGUAGUAUGGUCAGAGAUAAUGCCUCUAAAGCAAGGGUAUCCCCAGUGUCGUUCCUCAUAUUAAUAUUCAACCUAGUGAUUCCAAUGGGAACAUAUUUAGUAGGGUUUACCUAUAGCCCCUAUCUCUACUUUGGUUUUAUAGGGCUUACUCUCUUUUGAUUACUCAUAUAUCCUGUGGUGAUGCUCCUCACGUUCAGACAAAUGGAUGGAGUCUGGAGCAGGAUGAAAGCAGCACCUAUUAUGGAAGGAAAUCAUGGAAAAAUUGCAAGCUUCGCAUCAUUCUUUGUAUGUAUAAUUUUUGUACCCCUUUGGGGUGUAGUCCCUUCCUUAAGAGACAUCAAACCCGAGGGAGACAAGCUAGGAGUUCAAGAGCUGUCCAUGUUUUUGGUGAUUCGAGCUGGUCUUUGCUCUUUUUAUUUCAUGUUCAUCCUUCCGAUCUUAAAUGUCUUUUAUUGGAAUCUUUAUGUAUAUGAAUGCUUUGGUUAUUCGAUCAGACUAGGAAUCAUAAAGUGGCUGAUUUCAUUAUGCUUCGGUUUCUGAGCUUAUUUCAUCUUUGAUUUCAUAGAUGGACCAGUUGUUGGUCUGAUAGCAGUAGGAUUUUUCUCAAUCUAUUGCAGAAUAUCCCUCUGGAUGAGAAAGAAAUUUGGAUACCUAUGAUCAAUCAUCUGCAAUGUUGGUAUGAACAUUGGCAUCAUAAUCGUUGUCAUGAUCAGGCUGAACAACUUUCUCGUGAAUAUAUAAAUUUAUAUAUAACACUAGUAUGACAGAAUAAGAAGAGUUUCAA